UAUAAACUAUAUUAAUAAGUACUUCUCCUAGUUCCCAGCACAAAAUAGCUGGUUAACAGGCCAGACCACGAGAAGGUGGAAGCACAUCCUGACCCAAAAAGUAAAUUCCGAUAAACCAUCUUCAAUGCAGAACCUAAUAAUUCUACAUGCUACCUGCCCACAAUGCGCAACAUAAGAAUCACCAGGACCAAAUACCCCCUACACCAUGUUGGGGUGGUGCUUUUUACCCUGGCAGUAGAAUCGUAGCAACCGCACCUGGACGAGUAUUGGCUUUAAGGUUAACAUUCCGUGUAGAUGAGGUAACUGUCCAACAGGAUGCCAAUCUAUGGCUGCCUAUAGAAUGCAAUAUCUCUAGCGUAGACAUGCAUUCGGGCACUAAACUUCCUACUGUCAUUAGAUCCCGACCAAAAAUAACAACCCACACCAACUCCAAUGACCAAGAACGUAUCGACUGGCUUCAAACGGCUACGACCAUCCACCGUCUAGUAACACGCUCUAUAUUCACCCUCCACCAAGCAACGGGUGUGGCACUAGUUUUAGGAUUACUACGGCCUUUGGAACACUGCCCGAUCUGUAAAGAAGUGGAUAGAUUUAACGGAAACGAACAGAGACGAGAGUGUCUUCCUUGUGCUGAAGCCAUGCUAACUUCUCUGUUCUAAUGUUUAAAAGAGGAUAAAAAGGAAAAGGGCGUUUUUUUCGCAGCAGUCU